AUGGAGCUGGUUCGUACUCCAUCUGGGCUCUCUCUUACCCAGACCAAGUAUGUCGUCGACCUUCUCAAGCGUGUUAACAUGCAUGAAGCUAAACCUGUGCCUACCCCAGCUAUUAGUGGUCAUCGUCUUAGCAUUUCUGAUGGGGAUCCUCUUCCUGAUCCCACUGAGUACCGUAGUACAGUUGGGGCUCUUCAGUACUUAACUCUCACUCGUCCAGAUAUUGCCUUUGCUGUUAAUCAGGUGUGUCAAUUUAUGCAUCAACCCACUACUGCUCACUGGCUCGCUGUCAAACGUAUUCUUCGUUAUCUGAAUGGCACACUCACUCAUGGGUUAUUCUAUUCGCCUAGCACUCUCUUUCUCAGUGCGUUCUCUGAUGCCGAUUAUGCGGGGAAUCCUGAUGACCGUCGCUCAACUGGUGGUUAUUGUGUUUACUUGGGUACUAACUUAAUCUCUUGGAGUUCUAAGAAGCAACGCGGUGUCUCUCGCUCCAGUACUGAAGCGGAAUACCGCCAGCUUGCCUACACUGCUGCCACUCUCUCAUGGUUCCGUGCUUUAUUUCUCGAUCUUCAUCUUCCAGCUCCUUGUCCCAAGCUUUGGUGUGAUAAUAUUAGUGCUCUUUCCCUCGCUUCUAAUCCUGUCUUUCACUCUCGCACUCGUCGUGUGGAGGUGGAUUAUCAUUAUGUUCGUGAAAGGGUGGUCCGGAAUGAGUUACUCGUUGCGUAUUGUUCUACUGUUGAUCAGAUUGCUGACAUUUUUACUAAGGGCUUAUCAUCUGCCCGGUUCUCCUUACUCCGGUCCAAGCUGCCUGUGCUCCACCGCCCCGUCAGCUUGCGGGGGUGUAAUGGACGUUAA